AUGACCAGCACGCCAAUAGGGCGACAUCGAUCUCUACGCCAAAUACGAUCCCGACCAUUGAGGAUGAUGCAGUCUCACAUCACUAUAGAGGAACUUCGACUUGAAGAGGCGCAGACCCCAGGCGUGAUUGACGAGCUUGCAACGUUACGAGGGAUAUGCCAACGACAAGAGACCCCCGUAGAAUCGCGAUCGAACCGGAAGAUUCGCCAGCCUCAUUCAACAAAAGGGGCAGAGUUGCAGCUUCCACCAUCUGAGUUCGUGAUUCGUCUUCUUCGGACUGUGAGCCAUCACUCCAUCUUGUUCCUAUUCUACGCAGUCGAAAAUCGCAUUCAAGUCGAAGAACUCUGUCGAAGGGUGUACUUCUCUGUAGAGCCAGUGACGAUUGGAGAAGUCACCUUGCUGAACGGCUUCUUGUCGGUGCUCCUCAGGGACAUCGAUUUCGAGUCAAAUCCCGAAUUCAGUCCAGAAGAAGCCAACCGGCUGUACACCAUGUGCAACUCCAACUUCAAGGCUGGAGUCGAGACUUACGAAGUGAUGGCGGUACCUACAUUCGAGCAUACUCUCAUAUUAUCCAUAGCGGAUGGCAACUUGCCGCUACAAUGGAGCCUCAUGUCCGCUGCCGCCCGACACGUCCUAGCAUUAGGUUAUCAUCGAAGGGGGAAGUUGGCCGCGCUACCGAACCAAGAAGCGCGGCGGGCACGACGACUCUUCUGGCACGUAUACUUUGCAGACCGGGGAUUGACCCUCACACAAGGAAAAGCGCCAGUUAUACAAGACAUUGAUGUCGAUGUCGAGCCAUUCGAAAUCAUUCAAACGCCGGAGAGGAAGCCCUGGGAUACCUCAUUCUCCGCCUUCAUCGAAUUUGGGAGAAUACAAUGCAAGAUCUACGAAAAGCUCUACUCUCCUGCAGCAUCCCGCUCUACGGAGGAGGAGAGGCGGGCCGUAGCAGUCCAUCUUGCAAAGCGCCUAUCGACAUGGUAUGAAUCAUGGCGCAGCGUCGACUAUUCCCUCGCAUACCGAGUAGAACUGUUUCAAUUCACGUUUGAUGCGCUCGAGGUCGUUUACUAUUCUAUUCUAACACUCAUACAUCGUGGGGCAAGCAGCUCGAAUGCCGCCAGCGCCAUCACGGAGGAAUGCUUCGAGGCAGCUAGGAAAGGCUUGACCGCCCAUGCAACCGCAUACCCCCGGUCCGCUUCGGGAGGAUAUGCCUCUCUAUUCACUUAUGCCGUCUGGACACAGCUCUAUUCCUCAUAUACGCCAUACAUUAUCACCUUUCUCCACUGCAUCAGGAACUCGGACGAUCAAGACCUGAACCUGAUGCGCUCCUCCUUGGAGAUCAGCGAGCGCCUAGGUGGCUUGGUGGAAUCCUGCAAGAAGCAAUAUGAAUUAUGUCGGGCCCUGUACCGCAUAGCAGAGGCCUACAUCAAGGCGAAGAAGGGUGUCGCAUGUACCGCCGCACCGGCUGAGACUACCAUCACUCUACCCCUACAACAACCGACGUCUGAUAGCUGGCCCUGCUUCGAGUCAAAUCUGGAGGCGAACCCGUUCCCGGACCUGCACGUCGAUGACUGGAAUGGCUCUUACAUGGGACAGAUGUCAUUCACCUUGGAGAAUCAUCUCGGAAAGGGCGGUCAUUAG